AUGCUUGCCAAUACGCAUUCACCACCGCCCCCACCCGAGGACCAACAGCCGCCUCGCAAGAGAAUCCGAAAGGGGACCCGCAGCUGUUGGGAAUGUAAACAUCGUAAGGUUCGCUGCCACUAUGUCUCAAAUGGCGAUUCCAGCUGUCGCGAAUGUCUGGCCAGGGGAACGGUUUGUCGCAGCCAAGAUUUACCAGAACCUGAGAAUCUACGCGAAUCAGACCGCGCAUCACUCAAUGAUCGGCUAGGUCGCGUAGAAUCCCUCCUAGAGAGAGUCUUGCAGCAAUUAGACACUCUUGGUGAUAAACGAGAGCCGCCAGUGUCACCACCAACAGGGACCGUUGAUAGCAGCAAUCCAAGCUCCAGCACAGCUAUUACACCUGCCAAUGAAAAUGCCCCUGUUUUAUCGCUUUUCGACAAUGGGGUGUUAGGUUUCAAACGAUCAGACGCCUCUCCGCCGAGUAUCACGCUUUAUGACACAAUGAAUCGCGAGUGGGAGAAACUCCGUCACGAGCUCUUAGCCCUUCUACCGCCAUAUAGUACUUUGAAAAGACUAGCGGCCAAUAGCUGCUGGUGGCUGGUUCGAGCCCAGUGCUUUCAAGACUAUGAAGAAUCACUUCUUCCAUGUUCACUGGCUUCUUUCUCAAACCACCACCCUGUUGUCAUCGCCAAGGCUCUAUUGUGGGUGGUUAUCUGUCUACAGCAACUCCCGCGGGGGUUCGCCGUUGAUUCAUUAGAACUUCCCUGCCCUCCAGCAGAACUCAUCGCAAAAUGCGUCAACAUUGUCGCACAUUCGAUUAGUCCUGAUGAGACGUUGGUAAGUUGUAUUGACGGACUAGAAUGCUUAGUCCUCCAAGGGAUAUUCUACAACAACGAUGGGAAACUACGAAGUGCCUGGCUAUCUUAUCGACGUGCUCUAAACGUGGGUCAAAUCAUCGGACUUCAUCGUCUUGCCUUAAAGGGGGAGCAUGAUUCUGAAUCUAUAUCGCGGGCAAGGCAUAUAUGGAAUCACAUAAUAUAUGCAGAUCGAUAUCUUUCCUUGAUGCUAGGAAUGUAUCAUGGCAUUACCGAUGUGGCGUUAGAUUCGCAGCGCGUGCCUAGCGAGACACCUUCUUACUCUAUGGAUCUCCUUUGUCGCAUUGCUGGAUCGAUUAUCGAACGAAAUCAAAAAUUUACCACAGUCACUCCCUUAAUGGCGAGAAUGACACAGACCAUCGAUUCAGAGCUUAUGUCGGUCGAUCCUCCAGAAGUAGCCGAAGAAACCAGUAUUCCUACCACAGGAAAGUCUAUACAACGAGCUUGGGCAUAUAAUAAACUCAUGGCGAGGCUAUGGUAUUAUCAACUUCAGGCAUGGCUACAUCUGCCACUUCUUCUCGAGUCUGGAACCCAUAGACGGUACGACUACAGCAGGCAAAGUUGCCUCGAGGCAUCCCGGCACAUGAUUACAUGUUAUAUUUCCAUGCGCCAGCUGACUGCCGAAAGUUUCUGCUGCAAAUCGCUUGAUUUUCAGGCUUUUACUGCCGCUGUCACUCUUAUGAUCAAUAUAAUAGGACCAGGUGGUCGGCCCCAGUCCAGUCCGAAUGAUUGGCGCGCUGUUGAAAGUGUCAUGGAAACUCUGGAGAAAUUGGCAGAGGGACAACCACCUGACAAGGUGGCAACUCGAGGACUCAGUGUGCUACGCACACUGAAGAAUGUUGCUAAUGGCGAGAGACCAUCACAAUCUGCCAACUCCGCAGGGCUCUCGACUGAGGAUGACCAGGCCAACCGCAUCAAAGUCGACAUUCCGUAUUUCGGUACUAUUUUCCUCGAUUGUGGUAUUCACGGUGAUUCCUCAGACAAGCAAUGUCCUGAUUUCGUUCCAGCACAACCGCCUCGGCCAACAUUUCAUAUGGCCCUGGGCGAAAACUCCCUGCAGGCAGGGAUCCUUCCUGAUUCAAACACUACACAGGAUCCACUCGCGGAUGGAGCGCCUUGGCCUUGGCCAGGGAUUCGCGUGGAAAUGGAAACCGCUGAUAUUGGGACAUUUGACCCGGAAUUGACGACGCUGCCUCCGUUCCUAUCGGAUUUUGGAGACAACUGGGACCUAGGUCUGUAA